ACACACUUCUUCUUCUGAGUUCGGAGUAGCAAGGAAAUCAGUCUUUAGACUGAACUGUAAACUCAAAUGGCUUCUCAAGAACACGAUGCCCACCACCACCACCACCACAACCAUGAUGACCACCACCACACUCAUGAUCACCAUCACACACACGACAGCAAAUCAACGGAAUCAUGGGUCGGCCCUGAUGGGAGGGUGUACCAUAGCCACGAUGGACUGGCGCCGCACUCGCAUGAACCCAUAUACUCACCUGGGUUCUUCAGCAGAAGAGCUCCACCAAUUCUCAACAGGGAUUUCAAUGAAAGAGCUUUCACUGUUGGUAUUGGUGGCCCCGUUGGUACUGGGAAAACAGCUUUAAUGCUUGCUCUGUGUAAAUGCUUGCGUGACAAGUACAGUCUUGCUGCUGUGACAAAUGAUAUCUUCACAAAAGAGGAUGGUGAGUUCUUGGUGAAGCAUGGGGCACUUCCUGAGGAAAGGAUACGUGCUGUUGAAACAGGAGGCUGUCCACAUGCUGCAAUUCGAGAAGACAUCAGCAUCAAUCUUGGCCCUCUUGAGGAGCUCUCUAACUUAUAUAAAGCAGACAUACUUCUCUGUGAAUCUGGAGGAGAUAACUUGGCUGCCAACUUCAGCAGGGAACUGGCUGACUACAUAAUUUAUAUAAUUGAUGUGUCUGGUGGAGAUAAAAUUCCUAGGAAAGGUGGCCCAGGCAUAACUCAAGCUGAUCUCCUGGUGAUAAACAAGACUGAUCUCGCACCAGCAGUUGGAGCUGACUUGAAAGUCAUGGAGCGUGAUGCACUUCGGAUGCGUGAUGGGGGACCUUUUGUCUUUGCUCAGGUGAAACACGGAGUUGGAGUGGAAGAAAUUGUUGAUCACAUUUUACAGGCCUGGGAAGUUGCAACAGGGAAGAAGCGCAUAUGACUUCUUCUUUUUUUUUUUUUUUCCAACUUUUUUGGAGAACCUGUUCUUUGUAUUUGAAUUUAACCUUAUACUCUGCUGCUAUCGGAAUCUUCUCUUAAGCCAACCUCCUUGUCGCAAUAAAUUUGGCUGCACUUUAUACUCUUCUUCAUUAAUUUGAAUAUUGAAUGUUCUGAAAGACAAUGGAUAAUCUUAGAAGACUCAUGUUAUUAAUGCAGUC